AUGGCUGUUCCCCUUGGUGGGCCCCGUAUGGAGAGUGGUCUGACAGCUGUAACAACAACCUCUGACCCUCUGACCUCUGGUCCUGUGACCUCUACCCCUGUCCCACGUCCUCAAGUCACAGCCUCCAAAAAUGUUGCUCUGGUGUCUGUGCCUUCUGGUGAGGAAGAGGAACAGAUCAGCCCACAACCUGAGCUAGCCAAACAGGUUUUACCACCAGUGGAUAUUGAUACUGACCUGUCCGAGGAGUCAGUGAUUAGAAGCAAAACAGGAGACAUCCACCUCAAGUCCCCCUCCAAGACCCAUUAUGAAGUAACAUUCCAUGAAGACCAGCACACAGGGGCAACACCCAAGGAUUGGAGAAAUCAGGCGACCUUGGAUGACCUCUCAGAAGAUCUGUCACCAGAGACAGCACCCGGCCUAGCCCUUCCUGGCUAUUCUGCUCCAUCACCACCCCCUACACCAGUCGAGAUACCUGCUUUCCCUCCAAUGGUAGCAGGGGCAGACAAGCUGGCCCACGCCUCAGACAUUAUUGCUGCAGAUAUCAAGCGCAGAGACCUCCUGGAAAACAAAGCCUCAGAAUGGAUAGAACAUGAGAUAAUGGCCCACAUCAUAUCAGAGUUAUACCCCCUGAAACCAGAGAAACCGCGAGAGAUGGAACAUGUGGUGUAUGAGGAGUCUGAGGACAGCGUAGCAGAUGAUCGGGAACAGUCCAUGUUCAUGAUGGAUGCCAUCGGUCGUGACGGUCUCCAGAUGUUUGUGGACAUGGGUCAGCCUGUAGAUAGCCGCUUGGUUGAUGCUUUGGUCAAAGAGGUCCUGCUGGAGAAAGUCACCACCCUGCUUGGUCAGCGGCCUGAUGAAGAGACAACAGCUCAGAAAGAGAUGACAGAAGGAAGAACUGAGACCAAACUUGGGGCCUCCAUGAGGGGCCAGGACACUGGGAGAGUAGCUGCAGGCAUCUCCCCGGAGGACAAUAAUGCAGGGAUACUGCCUACCCCAGAACCAACACCAAAGGCCAGUCCUAUUUCCUCUCCAGUGAGAGUCCUGUCCCCACCCAUAACUCCACCUAACUCCCCACCAAUCCAGGCUUCUUCAAAGUUUGUCCAGGAGCCAAGAGUGGUACCACAGGUGUCUGAGCCAGAGGACAUUUCCGAGUCCUUGGAUAUCAGUGAGGAAAUCCGGGCUCUGAGAGACAAGCUGGUGCCUAUCAGAGAGGAAUCUAAUCAGACUAUACAUGAUGUGGAAACACCAAUCACAACCCCAGUCCCAGAACUACCUGAGGAGGAGGUGGAGAAGGAAGAAAGACCCUUGUCUCCACCUCAACCUUCUCCUCGCAGGGCCCCAAUACAACAGCCAGUUCUUCAGGUACCUGUGGCGGUAGAGGAGCCCCCAGCCCCUAAACCUGCCCCUCCCCCUGAACAUGAAGAGAAAAAGGAAAUCAUACAAAGCCCACAGCCUUGGGGCGAUCCAGAGUCCCCGCUUCCGGAGGAAAACCCAGAUUUCCGAGAGGACUAUACAGAUGACAGAGCCAACCAACAUAAACCUUAUGCUCUGUCUGUGGCCCCUAUGGAUGAAAGCCUGCGCUUCCCUCUGGAACAAGUUCCGUCACCACCACCAAAGUCACCAGUUCGGAGACGCUCACCAAGUCCCAGUCCGUCUGAGACAGAAACUACAUCCAUCAUGUCAUCCAUAUCAGACACAUACAACAUGAGUGUGUCUGAAGGACAAUGGUUGCUGUCUAAAUCUGAGGGAGAGAUGGCCGACUUUAACCUGGAUGAUGCUGCCAUCAAAAGAAUGGCCAUGCAAGCCAAACAGACAGGUGACAGUAUGGCCAGUACAUUCAGAGACACAGAGGAACUUGAGGAAGACAUGAUGGACCUCCAGGCCAGUGAAGGGGAGUUUCAGUACAAAGGUCAGGUUGAGCCAGAAAAAGAUCCAAUGUUAUUGCUGUUGUCUCGUCUACAGCGACAACCCCAUGAUCAAACUCCAGCCAGUCUCCCAGCAGCAGGACAGUACGACAUGAGCUCUCAACAGGUUUAUGAUCUCCUCAACCGCACUGGGCUUAGCACUGGAGAAGUAUACAUGAAUGGAGCUUCAGUUCAUAAAAGUCAAGGGGAGGUCAUUCGUGUUAUGCAUACACAGCAGAGCAUAGGGGAAGUUUUAGAGUAUGACCAGCCAACCCGAGACAUGAACUCUUACAGACAGAGUACACGUUCUAGUAAUGGGUUUACCCAGUCCAAUGGAGUUUCCAGAUCUUAUGACAUGUCCAAUAGAAAUGGCUCCCCGUUACGAAUGACUGACCUCAAGUCCCAGUCGAUACAAGAGGAGUCUGAACCAGAGCUCACAUCCCGAGACGACUCCUACAGAGAGGAUACGAAGGGUCAGAGACCUCAGGUCACACCAUCAAGAGAUACCCGACCAUCAUCCUCUCGUGGCCGACAGUCUCAUGGGAUGAGAGGUAGUGGAACACCUGGUGGAGUAUCACUUGGAGCAGGCAGAAUCUCACCAGGUAAAUCAGCUAUGAAGAAGCCCCCGCCAGCAACCCCGUCAUCUGGACUGCCAAACAAAACCAUUUCCACUACAAUACCUCGGACUGUACAAAUUAGAGAGUCCGAUGAUCAGGAAAACAAGCAGAGUUGGGAUGGAGGGACGACAAUGAGUGACCAGGGCACCAGGACCUUCACACCAGACCAGAUGAACAUGGAUGACCUUAUCAAAUCUGGUUACCUCACACAAAGCAGGUCAGGUGAAUUUGGCCAAUCUGGAGGCAUGUCACAAAGCUUUGAUAAAUCAGGACGCUUGUCUCAAAGUUACGACCAAUCAAGUGCCAUGUCUCAGAGUCUUGAUAACAAGAAUGAUACAAGGGACUCAACAGAUUCCUACGCUACACGCCAAAUGAAGAAAGGGAAGUCACUUGGGUUGACUUAUUCUAUGGAGGAAAGCUUGGCUGCUACUGACUCCCUUAACGAGUCAGAACUUCGUGAACUUGCCACUACAGAAAUUUGGUUACCAACACUCUCAGAUCUGGAGAAAUUUGGGUUACCAACACUCUCAGAUCUGGAGAAAUUUGGGUUACCAACACUCUCAGAUCUGGAGAAAUUUGGUUACAAAUACUCUCAGAUCUGGAGAAAUUUGGGUUACCAACACUCUCAGAUCUGGAGAAAUUUGGGUUACCAACACUCUCAGAUCUGGAGAACAUUGUUUAUCCACAUUCUCAGAUCUGGAGAACGUUGUUUAUCCACAUUCUCAGGUCUGGAGAACAUUGUUUAUCCACAUUCUCAGAUCUGGAGAACGUUGUUUAUCCACAUUCUCAGGUCUGGAGAACGUUGUUUAUCCACAUUCUCAGGUCUGGAGAACAUUGUUUAUCCACAUUCUCAGAUCUGGAGAACAUUGUUUAUCCACAUUCUCAGAUCUGGAGAACGUUGUUUAUCCACAUUCUCAGGUCUGGAGAACGUUGUUUAUCCACAUUCUCAGAUCUGGAGAACGUUGUUUAUCCACAUUCUCAGAUCUGGAGAACAUUGUUUAUCCACAUUCUCAGAUCUGGAGAACGUUGUUUAUCCACAUUCUCAGAUCUGGAGAACGUUGUUUAUCCACAUUCUCAGGUCUGGAGAACGUUGUUUAUCCACAUUCUCAGGUCUGGAGAAUCCACAUUCUCAGAUUGGAGAACGUUGUUUAUCCACAUUCUCAGAUCUGGAGAACAUUGUUUAUCCACAUUCUCAGAUCUGGAGAACGUUGUUUAUCCACAUUCUCAGAUCUGGAGAACGUUGUUUAUCCACAUUCUCAGGUCUGGAGAACGUUGUUUAUCCACAUUCUCAGAUCUGGAGAACGUUGUUUAUCCACAUUCUCAGAUCUGGAGAACAUUGUUUAUCCACAUUCUCAGAUCUGGAGAACGUUGUUUAUCCACAUUCUCAGAACUGGAGAACGUUGUUUAUCCACAUUCUCAGAUCUGGAGAACGUUGUUUAUCCACAUUCUCAGGUCUGGAGAAUGUUGGUUAUCCACAUUCUCAGGUCUGGAGAAUGUUGGUUACCGACACUCUCAGAUCUGGAGAACGUUGUUUAUCCACAUUCUCAGGUCUGGAGAAUGUUGGUUAUCCACAUUCUCAGGUCUGGAGAAUGUUGGUUAUCCACAUUCUCAGGUCUGGAGAACAUUGUUUAUCCACAUUCUCAGAUCUGGAGAACGUUGUUUAUCCACAUUCUCAGAACUGGAGAAUGUUGGUUACCGACACUCUCAGAUCUGGAGAACGUUGUUUAUCCACAUUCUCAGAUCUGGAGAACGUUGUUUAUCCACAUUCUCAGAUCUGGAGAAUGUUGUUUAUCCACAUUCUCAGAUCUGGAGAACCACAUUCUCAGAUCUGGAGAACGUUGUUUAUCCACAUUCUCAGAUCUGGAGAAUGUUGUUUAUCCACAUUCUCAGAUCUGGAGAACGUUGUUUAUCCACAUUCUCAGAUCUGGAGAACGUUGUUUAUCCACAUUCUCAGGUCUGGAGAAUGUUGGUUAUCCACAUUCUCAGGUCUGGAGAAUGUUGGUUACCGACACUCUCAGAUCUGGAGAACGUUGUUUAUCCACAUUCUCAGAUCUGGAGAACGUUGUUUAUCCACAUUCUCAGAUCUGGAGAAUGUUGUUUAUCCACAUUCUCAGGUCUGGAGAACGUUGUUUAUCCACAUUCUCAGGUCUGGAGAACGGUUGGAGAAUGUUGGUUAUCCACAUUCUCAGAUCUGGAGAAUGGUUGGAGAAUGUUGGUUAUCCACAUUCUCAGGUCUGGAGAAUGUUGGUUAUCCACAUUCUCAGAUCUGGAGAACGUUGUUUAUCCACAUUCUCAGGUCUGGAGAAUGUUGGUUAUCCACAUUCUCAGAUCUGGAGAACGUUGUUUAUCCACAUUCUCAGAUCUGGAGAACGUUGUUUAUCCACAUUCUCAGGUCUGGAGAAUGUUGGUUAUCCACAUUCUCAGGUCUGGAGAAUGUUGGUUAUCCACAUUCUCAGAUCUGGAGAACGUUGUUUAUCCACAUUCUCAGAUCUGGAGAACGUUGUUUAUCCACAUUCUCAGGUCUGGAGAAUGUUGGUUAUCCACAUUCUCAGAUCUGGAGAACGUUGUUUAUCCACAUUCUCAGGUCUGGAGAAUGUUGGUUAUCCACAUUCUCAGGUCUGGAGAACGGUUGGAGAAUGUUGGUUAUCCACAUUCUCAGGUCUGGAGAAUUUUUGGUGUUGAAUUAG